AUGCGUCGAGUAAAUCAACCAGUGGAACAAACACCUUAUCUUUCACAACAACAACAACAACAACAACAGUCUCCGUAUGGAACUCAAAGUUUGAGUAAUCUACAAACUGCUGGCCAUUCACUGUAUAACAUUUUGCCACAAAAUUCAUCCAACCAUGCAAAUUACAAAAAUGCAAGCUCAACUUCAUUUCAACACCAAGGACCACUGCAUGUGAAUGGACUCGGCCAUAACAAUACCUCCAACCAAAACUAUCCUUCAAAUGAUCAGCAACCUCAUUUCUUACAAAAUCCAAGUCAUAGCUAUCCCUGGUACCAACCACAAGCUGGAGGGUCUAUUAGCGAACAACCUCUUCUGCAAGGUCUGCAGCAACAGUAUAUGCCUCAGCAGCAAAAUAACUGGAAUCCAAUAUCAGCCAAUACAAAGAGUAGAGGCUACUCGUCCCUUGAUCCGCUGAGAAAACCGCCACCAUCGCAACAACAACAACAACAACAACAACAACAACAACAACAACAACAGCCACAACCACAACCACCACAACAACAACAACAAAACUUUGAUUAUAAAGUGCCCCAGCAAAACCAACAGUUUGGACAUGUCAUGAACAAUGAGCGACCACAAGUGGCACAACUGGCACAACGAAGUGCAACAAGCUCAAAUGCUAAUAGAGAUUCACAAUUGUCAAACAAUUCUACUCUGUCGUUGACUCAUGAUACUGGGGCUCACAAACAACAAUCACAAAGGAGCUUUUCAAGAAGUUCAUCUUCGGCCCAAGUACCGUACCCAAUCGAUAAUCUUAUUCCAGAGGAUUCUGCUUCCGAUUUCCAAAGUGUGCUGCCCUCGUCAACAAUACGAAAACCAUUCCGUAAACCACCAAAUGAGGAUGCAUAUGGAUUCGGAAUAAGUCUCGAUGAAAAGCCUGCAAACAAUGAAGCAAGAAGAAUCGUGUCAUCACCACACCAGCCCAACUUUAGUAGCCAACCGUUGAACAAUGAAUCGCGUACGAAAUCACUAUCGCUGACCUCUUCGAGGUUUAGAACUUCGUCUCAGCACCAUAUUGACUACUCACCACAACAACAACAACAGCAGCAGCAACAUCAUCAACAACAACAACAAGGAAAUAGCGGUCGUCCCAUUUCAAGUGGAAACUCUUCACCUUCUUUAACUCACACAUUUUCAUUAGGCUCAAAGUCACGUUCAUUCUCUUCAAUUGGUAAAUUGUCAUCGUUAUCGACCAAGAAAUUUGGCUCAUCUCCUUCGAUUUCUAAACACGAUAAACAGAGUAUAGCCUCGUCGUCGAAAACAUUGAUAUCACGCCCACACUAUGCCAAGUCGGUUUACCCCGCCCUCCUAUCGGAAGUUGCCAAGCUAUUCAAAGAUGCAAUUAUAUUGACAAUCAACACCAAGGAUGGGUUAGAGUACCACGAUACAUUUACUGGUAAAUUAGCUGUUGAUAUUCUAUGCCGCAUAAUUAGAACCAAUGAUAGGAAUUUGGCGUUGUUGAUUGGGCGUUCUUUGGAUGCACAGAAAUUCUUUCAUGAUGUCACAUAUAACCACCGAUUGAGAGAUUCUGUUCAUGAGAUAUACGCAUUCAACCAUGUCUAUAAUGAUGUUGAGUUAUAUGACGAAAGCAAUAGUGGUAAUAAUAGUGUUUCGACAUCGAAACAUGGAUCGUUUGUUGAUAGUGCCCAGUUGCAACAAGCAAUGCAAGAUAACUUUUUAUCACUGCAGUUGCCAGCACAUGUUAAUCAACCAACCUCAUUGGACCUGGGACUUACCCAAACAAAUCGACUUAGUGGAGGCAACAGUACUGUCAAUGCCAACAAGAAUUUGACUGCAUCGCAACAAACCGGUGUCAAUGGUGUCUUUACAAUUUUGACAGAUUGUUAUUCUCCAACAUGUAGUCGGAACCAUCUAUGUUAUAGUAUUGCAUGUCCAAGAAGACUUGAGCAACAAGCUAGGUUGAAUCUCAAGCCGCAAGGCGGGUUAAAGAGAGCAGUGUCGAAAUUGUCGCUUCAUGAUCAAGAAGAAAACGAGACUUUGUGGCACAAGACCGUUCCGCAAUCUGUUUUGGACAAAUUGGAUAAGCAUGAAAAGACUAGACAAGAGUUGAUUUAUGAAUUCAUAUAUACUGAAAGGGACUAUGUCAAGGACUUGGAGUUUAUGACAGAUUUCUACAUUAUGCCAUUGCGGAAUCCAGCAAACAAUAUAAUUCCCGAACAUCAACGUGAGACUUUUAUACACACUGUGUUUGGUGGGGUUGGUGACUUGUUGAGAUUGGGUAAGAGUUUGAGUGAAGCGUUGACAAAGAGGCAGCAACAGCAAAAGCCGGUGAUUGAGUCGAUUGGUGAUGUAUUUCUUGAUCAUGUGGGGAAUUUUGAGCCAUUUAUUAGGUAUUCUGGUAACAAGGUGUUUGCUACGUUUGAACAUGAACGUCAGCAACAGGUGAAUAUGAAGUAUGCGAGAUUUCUUGAUGCGAUUGAAAAGAAACCCGAGUCAAGGCGACAAGAUCUUUCUUCCUUUUUAAUUAAAGGUGUCCAGCGUCCUGCUAGAUAUCAAUUACUUUUAGCAGGGAUAUUAAAACAUACAAAGCCAGAAAACCCAGAUUACAAGAACUUGAUCAAGGCCAAGGAGGAGAUUGAGGCGUUAUUGGUGAGAAUCAAUAUUCAAACAGGUGAGAGUACUGAUCGACAUAAGAUUAUGGUGUUGCAUAGACUUCUUGGUAAACAAACGUUGGAGCACAAGUAUAAUUUCAAAUUGUCAUACAAUAAUAGAAUCUUGUACCAAGUGACAUUGAACAGGAAGAGGGAUAAUGAAAAGAUUGAUUUGUAUUUGUUUGAGCAUGCGUUGUUAUUGGUGAAACACAAGGUGCAGAAUAAGCGAGAGCAGCACAAGGUGUUUGAAAAACCAAUUUUGCUUCCCUUGCUCUAUGUCAAUAGUGGUAUUGAAACACCAACAACAAGAACAUUAAUGGGUCAUCGACACAGCAUGUCGGUAGUGUCAGAUACCGGGUUAAGGAAUCAAAGAACCGAAAGUUCAAACUAUAUUGGAAAUACGUUAUCCUCAAACAAUGCUAGUAAGUUCCAGUUGAAUUUUUUCGGUAUGGGCAGUAAUCAGGUGCACGCAUCUUUAUUCGCUGAAGAUGUCACAAUCCAGAAUCAGGUGUUGCAGCAGAUUUCUCAACAGCAACGGAAGCUUAUUGAUGAGAAUGAUUUGUUUUCAAUGAGCAAGUUUGAAACUCGGAGAUUUACUGGUAACAACAAGAUCAAUUGUGCUGUGCCGUGUUAUGGUGGGAAAAAAUUGCUUUAUGGUACUGACUCUGGUGUUUGGGUGAGUACUGUGCGAUCGAUUAGUACUACAUCGACGGAAAAGAUUGUUUCUGAUCCUACAAUGGUUAUUUCCAAGCCAUACACUACUCAGAUUGAAGUCUUGGUUGAGUAUUCUAAGUUGCUUGUGUUGAGUGACAAGGCACUUUAUGAGUUUGAUUUGUCAUGUACUGAUUCGCUUGACCAUGUGAAGAAUACCAAACUGGGUAAGUUGAUAAUGACACAUAUCUCGUUCUUCAAGAUUGGUGUUUGUGAUGGUAAAUUGCUUGUGAUUGGUGCCAAAACUGGAAGUCAACAUUCAAUUUGCAUCUUUGAGCCUUUUAAUCCAUUUGAUCCCAAACAAAAGAAUAGAAAUAAGAAUAAGAUCGAGUUUCAGGAGAUUGCGUUUAGCUCUGAUCCUAUUUCGAUUUCCUUUUUAAAGAGUAAAUUGUGUAUUGGAUGUACCAAAGGGUUUGAAAUCUUGUCAUUACAGGCUGGAAAUAAGGAGCCCAUACUUGACGAAGCCGAUCCAUCGUUAGAUUUUGCUACGCAGAGGGAGCUGGUGACGCCGUUGGCGAUCCAUAGACUUGGCAAAGAUUUCCUUCUUUGUUAUUCUGAGUUUGUAUUUUUGAUCAAGGGUAAUGGAUGGAGAACUAAUCAUGAAUGGGGUAUAUUCUGGGAAGGCAAUCCUCGAAAUGUUGCAUUGUUUUUCCCCUAUUUGAUCUCAUUUGAGCCGGGUUUCAUUGAGAUUAGAGAUUUGCAUACUACGAAUUUGUUACGAUCAUUGGUUGGUGAAAACAUUAGGUAUUUGCAUUCCAACGAGCACGAGGCGAUGUUUGCAUGCGAGGAAAACGGAUACGAUAUUAUCAUUUCAAUUGAUUUCUUGAACUUGAAGCCGAAAUCACCAACUACAAAGUGA